AUCAGUUAUUGGCUGAGCUUUCCCCUCCAUUGGUGCUUGUGGCUUUGCAUUUCCGUUUCCCUGAUGUGCGGAAGGAGAAGCGCUUUAUGAGACGUCGCGAGAAGCUGCCGGACUUCUUUCGACUGCUGUCCGCUGCAGCGGAAAAAUUCUUGUCCGUUUUGGAGAUGUCUUCGUGGGAUUGGCUGAGGCAGGGCUCCUUUUCCCGAUAUCUUCUGCGGAACAACAGCCUCGAUCCGCUUUGGAGAAAUCCCACUGUAGGAUGGUGAUGGUUAUUUAUUCUUUAGGAUUAUUUAGAAUUUUUCAAAUUAAGGUUGUAAAUGCUCGUCAGGCUAAACUGUUGGACCGUGUCACCUUUAUGUUCUUUGAGGCUACGUGUUUCCAGACCACCAAUGGAGCCAGUGUCUGAUUCCACAUCAUCCACGGAGGGACGCUCUGAUACAUCGGAGGGUGUGGUUUCAUCCGGCUCUUGGUUUGCAUGGCGAGGCAGUCAGUUUAAAUGGCUGCUGAUUGGAAAGAGUCCAGGACACCAGGAUUCCUUCAUCCUUCACUUCUUCCAAACAUACAACCACCUGAUGGCAGAAUCAGACACAGAGAGCAAGUUCGGUGACCUGUCAAGACUAAGAAGCACUAAAACACCUGGAAAAUGUCGCUGUGGCCCUACCAACCGCUGGUCAUCAACUGCUUCAUGUCAGCACUCGGCUGCUUGGCCACAAUGACGCUAAUUCCUGCUUUCAAAGACCAUUUCAUCGCUGCCAGAUUGUACGGCAUGGACCUAAACAAAUUGACGAAGAACCAAGUUCCAGAAUCUCAAGGUGUCAUCAGUGGGACAGUCUUCCUCAUCAUCAUGUUCUGCUUCAUCCCAGUGCCUUUUCUCAGUUGCUUCAUGUGGGAUGAGUGUACUGCCUUCCCACAUGACGAGUUUGUGGAGCUGAUCGGUGCACUGCUGGCCAUAUGCUGUAUGAUCUUCCUUGGUUUCGCUGAUGACGUGCUCAACCUGCAGUGGAGACACAAGCUCCUGCUUCCCACCAUGGCUUCCUUGCCACUUCUUAUGGUCUAUUUCACCAACUUUGGCAACACGGUCAUUUUGGUGCCUAAACCAUUUAGAGCAUUGCUGGGGCUGCAUCUAGAUCUAGGAAUUCUUUACUAUGUGUACAUGGGCAUGCUGGCAGUCUUCUGCACGAAUGCCAUCAACAUCCUGGCUGGCAUUAAUGGGAUCGAGUCAGGUCAAGCUCUGUUCAUCUCAGGCUCCAUCAUCAUCUUCAACCUGCUAGAGCUCAGCGGGGAUUACCACGAUGAUCAUGUUUUCUCUCUCUACUUCAUGAUUCCAUUCUUCUUCACCACAUUAGCACUUUUUUAUCACAAUUGGUACCCCUCGUCCGUGUUUGUUGGGGAUACUUUCUGCUACUUUGCAGGGAUGACCUUUGCUGUUGUUGGCAUACUGGGCCACUUUAGCAAAACAAUGCUCUUGUUUUUCAUUCCUCAAGUGGUUAACUUCAUCUAUUCCUUGCCCCAGCUUUUUCACAUCAUCCCUUGUCCCAGACACAGACUUCCUAGGUUGAAUCCAGACACAGGGAAACUGGGGAUGAGUUACUCUAAAUUCAAAAGAAAAGACCUUUCCAAACUAGGACAUCUCAUUCUACAGGUUGCAGAGUUACUGAAGCUCCUCGAUGUGCGCAUUGGCCAAGAAGAGGAAGAUGAAUUUAUUGAGUGCAACAACAUGACCAUAAUAAAUCUGGUGUUGAAAUUCAUUGGCCCGACCCACGAGAGAAAUCUUACUUCAAUCAUUCUCCUGAUACAGGUGAUGGGAAGCGCGUUGGCUUUUGGGAUCCGUUACCAUCUGGUGCGCCUCUUCUACGACGUCUAGAAGAUGAUGAGGAACUUAUUUCUGAACAAUUUUUACAGGCUCAUUAUUGUAUGUGCCUUUUAAAUUAUUCUAUUACCUCAUUAAUGUUUCUCAGCGUCAGAGUGAUUAUAAAUGGUUAGAACAUGCUCAAAACCAGAACAAGCAUAAAGACAAAUCGUUCUUCCUUUUGUAAAUCAAAUUUCAAUGAAUUACCACCUGAAGCAUGUGACCACAUCUUACUAAUUUUAAUAAUGCUUUCCACCAAAAAUUAUAUUUUUGUAUUGGGUUUGUAAGAAAUGUAAUGAGAGUGUUUCAUCUCUUAAACAACAGUUUGGAAGGGGGAAAUGAAAUAUGAAUUUAUAUACUAAGCUAAGCAGCAGCUGAUGCUUUAAUAGUAGCUGUUCACUUGAAUCAUCAUAAAACAAAAAAUAUAUAUAUAUUGGAGACACUAAAAAAAACAUGCUGAUAACAAAGCAUAUAUGCAAAUCAUGGAAUCUGGCAGAUGGGUACCUUUAACUGUUGUGCAGUUAACAAGACUUGAUCAUAUGCAACAUGGAACUGUAUUUUGAUAGUCCACUGGAGAAAAUACAAAAUGAUUUUAAGUUACUGAAAAGGGUAAAGGUAUUCUUUAGUUUCAUCAAAGACUCAAUGUUUUGUCAAAAGGCACUGGAUACGCUUUCCUAGAAUGUUAACAAAAAUGGCAUGCAUGUGAUUGUAAAUAUGGGUGGCUUAAGCUGUAAGAUAAAAGCUGAGACGCACAAAAGCUAUCACAAUUCUGUGUGUGUUU